UUUGGAUUCUUGAAAGAGAUGCUCGCUUUCAGCUGGUCCCACCUCCUCUCCUUCUCACUCUUUCUUAAACCCUUCGCAUUCACCAAUCGUCUUUCCACCGAGUCACCCUCUUUCCGAUGGGGGCGAACGUUUAGGCGAGAGGGGUGCUGCGAAUCAGAAAGGAGAACGUUUAGGCGAGAGGGGUGCUGCGAAUCAGAAAGGCGAACGUUUAGACGAGAGGGGUGCUGCGAAUCGGCGCUGAUGCUUGGGGAGGUGCUGUGCGCACGCCCCAGGCCUUGGAUUGGCGCGCCGCCUCUCAUCGCCCACCGGCUCGGCUCGGACAGGCCGGUCUCACCCUCUGGUGGGAGGAAGCGCCGACGUAGCUGCUGCGGCUACCACCACUCCGGCACGUGCCACGGCGGCGGGGCCGCGUCGAUAUGGCACGUGAUCACGCCGUCCGGCGGUGGGGGCUCUGACGGGAUCCGCCGGAAUAUUCGGGCAGCGAGGUUGAGGGAGGAGGGGUCGUGGAACGCGGCAUGGGACGUGAGGCCAGCGCGGUGGUUGCAGGGCCCGGACUCGGCAUGGAUGCUUUUCGGGGUCUGCGCGUGCUUCGAGCCGUUGGAUGGGUGCGGGAAUCCCGUUGCAGGGUCUGAGGUGGAGGAGGAAGGGAGCGGGGCCAACUUCACGGACGAUGGUGAGGCGGAGGGUGAUGGGGCCUGCUACAGGGUUAUAGGUGUUCCAGCUGAUGGUCGAUGCCUAUUUAGAGCUAUUGCCCAUGGGGCUUGCUUGAUUAAAGGGAAAGAAGCUCCAGAUGAAACCCGUCAAAGAGAACUUGCUGAUGACCUAAGAGCUCAAGUUGUGGAAGAGCUCUUAAAGAGGCGUGAUGAAACAGAAAGCUUCAUUGAAGGAGAUUUUGACGCAUAUGUGAAGAGUAUCCAACAGCCCUACACAUGGGCAGGAGAGCCCGAGUUGCGGAUGGCUUCACAUGUUCUUGGAACUCCAAUAUCAGUCUUCAUGGUAGAUCGUAGCUCGGACAGCUUGAUAAAUGUAGCAAGCUAUGGCAAGGAGUAUGGGAAAGAUACUGACAGCCCUAUCAAGGUGUUGUUUCAUGGGUAUGGCCACUACGACGCGUUGGAGGUUUUCUCCAGUUGAAAUAUGUAGAAUCUGCUUAUAAAGAAAUUUUGUUAGAUCCAAACUGAUUGAGUUUCAUUGGAUGCUUUUGAUGAGAGAUUUGGCUCUGCUAAUCAAGAAAAAUACAAUAAGCUUGAACUGCCCAGAAGGUAGAUUUAGCCAUUUAGAUAAAGGGGGUUGUUUCCGACCUUGUAGAUAUGGAGACAUCUGUUGCUUAUCUGACACCAAAAAAAUUUAAUUCUUGCAUUUUUUUUAGAGUAUUGGUCACAACGCCAAACCAAAUGGGUUCUCCGUUGUUCGCAUUUCCCAGUGAAAAGGUUAUUAGCUUUUGGAUUUGAACUCAUACAUAGCUUCAAAGUCAAGAUGAUUCAACUGGUUUGAUCAAUAUGAGCCAUCUGAUGGGCUUGCAGGCCACAUUUUCACAGUGCAUAUAGGUUUGUUUGAAAUAUUAUCAAUUUGAGUGUAGAUCUUUAAUUUGGAUUCAUCUAAAGUGGACGUCUACGGAUGAUGGUCGAUACCCCUGAGGAGAUGUUUUUUUGUAAGAAUGCUGAAGGUGGACGUGAAUAAGGUUUUGAAGCUUUACAGGAGAGCAACUAAUCUUCGUUGAAAUGUAAGAUUUUAGCAAGAUUUGGGGAAAGAAGAACCAAUUAAUCAAUAAAUGUUCUUUUCCAUUACAAUAGUA